AUGCCAAACAACUGCCACCAAGAACUUCAACCGUCUCCCAUUUUCCAGCAAUACUGCCACGGCAGAGCUUUGAAUCGGGGCAAACAAUGCACGCAUGAUCUUUUCUGGUCGAGCCACCUACUGUAUGCUGAGAGUGGCGACAUUGGGUUCGCGCAGUCUUGUUUUGAUGUUAUGCCUGAGAGGGAUGUGGUUUCUUGGAAUUCUGUGAUUUCAAGGUACUUGCAGACUCCUCGACUAUCAGAAGUCGACUGA